AUGAAUCCAAUUGUUUCGCAACCUGGAUACGGCACGGGGGGUGUGAUGAACAGUGACUGGCAAACCGGCGUAUUUGACUGCUGCGAUGACCUGGGGAUUUGCCUCUGCGGCACUUUCUUCCCCCUGUGCCUCUCGUGUCAGAUCGCCUCCGACAUGGACGAGUGCUGCCUGUGCGGGGCCAGCGUGGCUAUGAGGACCUUGUACAGGACGCGCUACGGCAUCCCGGGAUCUAUUUGUGGUGAUUUCCUAUGGCUGGGAUGUUUUCCUCUGUGCACCCUUUGUCAGCUCAAGCGAGAUAUUGAAAAAAGAAAAGCAAUGAAUGCUUUCUAAAAGGUGCUUGGUCACAUUCACAAUGUGGUGAAAGAAAUGCUAGAAUCACAUACUGCACCUGUUGAGUGCUAUCUCACCACACAUUUUAGAAACUAAUUCAACCAAUCAUAUGGUUUCCAAUGGCUUCAAGACACUUUUAAUUUCUAGUUUAUUUCAAAAGAAAUAAAUUUCCAGUGCUGUUCUCUAAAAUGACUGCUAAUAAAAAAUUAAUAUCCUCAA